GCCAGCCACAGCCACAGCGUCUCGUCCCUGGCCACGCCAUCGCGCGUAGCACGAGCUAACCUACGCGAUCGAUCCAACCGUAGUGUGCUCGGUGGACGACACAGCCAGAGCCAGCCAGUUUCCGAGGAGAGACAUCCCUCGAUCUCCUAUUCUCCUGUCCUUCGAUCGAUCUCCAAGCUCAGCUCUACUAUAUUAAAAUCAUCUCACGCCAUCCCGGCACCACCACCACUUGUAGCUCGAUCGAUCGCCUCCUGCGACCAGUGUAGUUAGCUAGUAGUCAACAACAAGAUGCUGCACGAGGCGGCGCCCUGCACGUGCGGGCUGCUCUACGGCAGCUGCGGCGGCGGCUGCUCGCUGCUGUUCGCCGCCGCCGCGGCGGGGGACCACUACUACAAGCACUGCGGCGGCGGCGGCGGUGGCGACGGGGAGGCCUUCAGCGCAGGCGGGCCGUACGGGGCCUCCGUCGACUGCACGCUCUCGCUCGGCACGCCGUCCACGCGCCGCGCCGAGGCCGGGGCGGCGCGGGCCCCCGCCGCGGCGGCCGCCGGCCUUCACUGGGAGGCGCCCUCCGCUCCCAGCUGCAACGGCAGGCAGCAGCAGCAGCAGGAGACGCGCGGCGCCGAGGCGGGCGCUCGCCGGUGCGCCAACUGCGACACCACCUCCACGCCGCUCUGGAGGAACGGCCCGCGCGGACCCAAGUCGCUGUGCAACGCGUGCGGGAUCCGGUACAAGAAGGAGGAGCGGCGCGCGGCGGCCGCGGCGGUGGCGCCGGCGGCGGCGGCGGCGCUGGCCGCGGACGGUGGGGUGGACUACGCGUCGUACGGUUACGCGCGGCAGCCGCAGCAGUGGGGCUGCUACGGGCCGGCGGCCGUGGCGAAGGCGGCGUCCUUCGGCAUGUUCGGCGACGCCGCGGCGGCCGAGGUCGUGGACGGGCCGUGCCUGCCGUGGGGGCUCGGCGUCAUGCCGUCGUCGCCGGCGUUCGGGACUGUGCGGGAGAUGCCGAGCCUGUUCCAGUACUACUAGCAAGCACGUAGUACCAGAGCGCGGCUAGCAGAAAUCAGAAUGGUAGACUGCACUGCAACUGCACGUCGGAAGUCUCCUUUUUCUCUUUCUCCCCUUUUGGUAACAACAAGAUGCCGCACUUCUUUUUGAAGCCAUGAGAGAUGCUGUACUUGACCAACGAACCAAAACUGCAUCAAAAGCCGAAGCUGAAAUGGAUCAAUCCGAUCUCUUCGUUCACUCCCGCUCAUCAUCUCCUUUUUCUUUUUUUACUCUUUUUCGCUCUGCUUGAAAAUUUUCCAUUCAUUAUUUGUGCGUACCUACUUCAUCAGAUUCUAACAUGCGUAGACUGUACUUCAAAUGUGCAAAUUUUUCAUGUUUGAAUGUUGCUGCGUGUGUGCGUGAUGAUGGUUUGAUGAAGGUGACCUAGCCUAA